AUGGCUGUGAACAAUGGCUGUCCUGACUGCCACAAGACGUACGGACAGCCAGGGAGUAGCGCGGCCUGUGAGCAGGAAGCAAAUGGAUUGCACAGGGCCAGGGUGGCCAGCCCGGAUCAUGGAACGACCAGUCCGACCAUCUUCAACCCUUUCUAUACUGGCAGGCCGCGUACGUAUGCAGGUGGGAGCAAGACGAAUGGGGUGGAUAGACAGGAGAUUAUCAGAAGGAUCAAGAGCAGGGAAUCAAGACCAAGUUCGCCGGAGUUGGACAAGUCAGGAAGCGUGGAUAGGCAAGAGCUGAUCAAGAGGAUAAAGAGCGGAGAGUCGAGGCCCACGUCUCCUGAGUUGGAGAGAGUGUCUUCUAGCGAGCAUGGUAGAAAUAGGACGCCGCCAUCUCCCAGGCCCGCCACCCCUGUGUCUUCAGAUGUGCGAGCAAAAUCACCAGAGGUGCAACAGGACAAUCAGUCUAUUGGCAUGCAAAUUGAAAGGCCACGAUCUGCGCUACAUCGAGGAGACUUCAGGGAGAGAGAACGAAGCGAACGGCAAUUUCACGGAUUUGCUCCUACAAGGACAAAAGAGCCAAGUCCGAUCCUAUCAACUUCGCCCGUGGCACCGUGGCAUCCGCAGUUCCCUUCGUCGGCCCUGAGACAGAAUCGCGACGUCGAUCUAACACAGACGACCCCAGAUGGGUUGCCAAUUCCUUCGCGGACAAUCAGGGAUCGUGCGGUAUCAAAUGCAUCGCUUGCUGCAAGCUUUGUCUAUAAGGCGCCCACAAGCCCACUAGUGCAGUCUUCCAGACCGGAUACGCCAGAGCCUCCUUCCCGUCAGAGAUCCAGAAGUCCGGACAAAUCGAGGAGACAUACGUUCUCACCCCAGUCAUUCCACAAGUUCGGGUCGGCUUUGGAUUACCCGGCAUCCGCACGUGGCCCUAGCAGACCUACACCUCCGCUAAGAUCCGAGAAAAGUUUCCCAUACCAGGCUCAUCAGCCACGGAGGUCUUUGAACUCCUUCUCGAGCUUGCCCCAGUCCCCAGCAUCUGGUUCAAGACGACCCUCUUUCUCUGCAGAGUCCCCGCUUCACCAUGCCCCAAUGGUGGGAUCUUAUGAAGAAUCUAUUCUUCGCGGUCGUAUGUCUACCAUUCCGUCUCGGCCGUUGAAUUUCAUGGCACAGAUCGGAGUGCUAGGAAAGGGCAAUUGCAAAUCUAGUCUGCGCUGUCCGCCUCACGUGAGCGUACCAUUCCCGGCCGUAUUUUACAGCUACGGCUCCGGGACGAAGAAUCCUGCAACCGACCAGCCAAGCCCAUACGUUGGCCUGGUAGAUCUCGAAAAUAGCCUAUCGCCGUACGAGGAGACUCAGGAAAAACGGCGUCCCCGAAACCAAGGCCUACACAGUACUGAGGGAAGCCGUGCCAGCUCUCCUCGUGGCAUGAAAGACGACGCAUCGACGUCGGAUGCCCAGAUGAGAAGACGCAGGAAACAGAAGUCAAAGAGGAGAUCCGGUUCGCCCAGAGCACCGCCUGGAGGCAGCUAUCGAAUACCCCAACAGGGCCAGCUCCAGAUUGUGAUCAAGAAUCCGAACAAGACGGCAGUUAAACUUUUCUUGGUACCCUACGACCUCUCCGACAUGGAACCUGGACAGAAAACUUUCAUACGCCAGCGCAGCUACUCUGCUGGGCCCAUAAUCGACAUGCCUCUUUCUUCGCGUACAAACCUCGGCACAGAUAGGCCUGAAGCGUCGCUCAGCAUAAGCGGAGACCCAAACGACAGACCGAUGUUGAGAUAUUUGAUCCACCUACACAUAUGUUGCCCCUCGAAAGGCCGCUACUUCCUGUACAAGUCAGUACGUGUGGUGUUUGCGAAUCGUGUGCCUGAUGGUAAGGAGAAGCUCCGCAACGAGACGCAGUUGCCCGAGCCGAGAUACAACGCUUAUAAACCUGGACGGGACUCGAACAUUGGUAGCGCUGUGGCGCAUUCGAGGAAUGCAGAACGGAGGCGCAGCGUGGUCGACUCACAUCUCGCUGACGAGCCGCAAAACAAAGUAAAUCCGCAGACUCUGGCACAGUCGUUGCCAACACACGAAUACAGCUCGCGCUAUGACCUGCCGAUGCCGACACUUCCUCGUCACUUUACGAUGCUCCCAACGUUAGAGUCUCGGCCUUCAAGCCGGCAUUUCGGCGAUGGGAUGGACGUCGACUCGGUUUCUCCUGGGACAUCGUCAGUGAAGUCGCCAAGAUCGAGCAAUGGCGAGACACCAACGAAGAUCGUGCCGCGCCUCGAGGACCCAUUCGACUUCCAGCGGGAUCGGAGCCGAGAGCGAAGGAAUGGGACACGCAGCGAGUCGCUGCUUUCGAAGCGUUUGAUGGACUUGGCUUUCCAAGGACAGAAUCGGCAGGAUACCGAUUUGGAGAAUGCAUAG